UUCCGAAAUUAAUCCCAUUCAAUGUUCAGAUUUGAGAUCGCUGUCCGUUGUGAUUGUAGUUUUCUGAUUCAUUUAGCUACCGAGUGCAUAGCUUGCAGCUAUAGACCCUACCCACGUGACGUCACAACUCCGCUGUCCUGACUGGUGCCGCCCACAUGAUUACCACAGAUUAUGUAAUAGUCAUUUUAUAUCUGAUGUUGUCCAACCGCAUUUGUUUCAACCCAGCCAGUAAAAGAAGGUGAAGUGAUGUGCUUCCAAACGCUUCUUACGCUGAAGUUUCAGCACUUGAACGUUUCUACUUCCGGUUCACUUGACAUAACCUCUAUGUACUCAUCCGGGGCUUGCGGUUCUUUCCUGUUCUGUUCUCUAAACCAAACGACCUCCUUCAAAGCAAUUUAAUUGGAUGCGACAAAUUACUACUGACUGGUGGCCAACACAAUCCCAAACAUCAAGUCAAAGAGUAGAAAUGAGGAGAAAAAAUCCAGGUCACGACGAACAACUGAAACAAAAGAAAAUGAAGUACUUUUCAAAUAGUGGGGCGGUUCGCGAUGCAGGGGGUGGUCCAUGUGACGUCAGGGAACAUACUUUUUGCCGUACUUGAAUUACGUUCUCACGUGUCUGCCGGAGAAGCGCCAUGUUUGCCUUGGGAGCGUUGCGACGACCGCCCUCACCUCCAGUUCUCCCGGCUGAGUCCCGCAAACGUCACUGUAGAAGAUCUUCACCCUGAGAAGCACAAUCCCGUCCACGUUAAACAGGAGGAGGAGUCCGACAUGCCGUGGAUCAAACAGGAGGCGGAGCCAGAGAAUCCUGGUAUUAAAGAAGAAAAACAGGAAAUUGAAAUCCUCAAGUUUCCAAUGGGUGUCUGUGUGAAGAGCGAAAAAGACAAAGGACGAAGCGAAGAGAGCGGAGCAGCGAACCCUUUGAGCGACAGCUCAUUUCAGCACCUGACAACAAAAGGAGAGCAAACGGACGGCCUCUUAGCUCCGCUUUUGGACAGCGAUGACAUAACGUCACAUUCUUCUGACUUUAAUACUAAUGAGGAGGAGGAUGACUUGGACCAAAAUGCUUCAAAAUCUUUAGACAAGUCAUCAUUUAAAAGAGACGCAAAAGAAGGCGCAGUUGGGAAAGCUUUCACCUGCACACUUUCUGGUAAAAGAUUUUCUCGGAAAUCUAAUUUAGAAAGACAUAAACCCAGUCAUACUAGAGAGAAGCCUUUUGUGUGCACGUGUUGUGGUAAACGAUUCACUCAGAAGGGAACUUUAGUAUCGCACACAAGAUACCACAUUGGAGAGAAGCCCUUUGCCUGCACACUUUGUGAUAAAAAAUUCUUUCGGAAGGCAAAUUUUAACAUUCACACAAGAACACACACUGGAGAGAAGCCUUUUGCCUGCACACUUUGUGGUAAAAGAUUCAUCGCGAAGGGCUGUUUGAAGAAACACACAAGAACACACACUGAAGAGAAGCCUUAUGCCUGCACACUUUGUAAUAAAAAAUACUUUGCGAAACCAAAUUUAAACAUUCACACAAGAACACAUACUGGAGAGAAGCCUUUUGCCUGUACACUUUGUGGUAAGAGAUUCAUAGAGAAGGGUAGUUUAAAGAAACACACAAGAACACACACUGAAGAGAAGCCUUUUGCCUGCACAUUUUGUGGUAAAAGAUUCACCCAUGAGGGAGAUUUCAACAAACACACAAGUACACACACCGGAGAGAAGCCUUAUGCCUGUACACUUUGUGGUAAAAGAUUCACCAAGCAGGGAAAUUUAAACAUUCACACAAGAACACACACUGGAGAGAAGCCUUUUACCUGUUCACUUUGUGGUAAAAGAUUCACCAAGAAGGGAAAUUUAAACAUUCACACAAGAACACACACUGGAGAUAGGCCUUUUGCCUGCACAUUUUGUGGUAAAAGAUUCACUCAUAAGGGAGAUUUAAACAAACACACAAGCACACACACCGGAGAGAAGCCUUAUGCCUGCACACUUUGUGAUAAAAAAUACUCCACGAAGGCUAAAUUAAACAUUCAUACAAGAACACAUACUGGAGAGAAGCCUUUUGCCUGCACACUUUGUGAUAAAAGAUUCUCCGCGAAGGAAAAAUUAAACAUUCACACAAGAACACAUACUGGAGAGAAACAUUUUACCUGCACACUUUGCGAUAAAAGAUUUUCUCAGAAGACUUAUUUAAAAAUACAUAAGCGCUCACACACUGGAGAAAAGCCUUUUGCAUGCUCACUUUGUGGUAAACGAUUUGCUCAGAAAGGAAAUUUAGUAAGGCACGCAAGAAGCCACACUGAGUAAAAACCUUUUGAAUUCUAGCGUGUGAGAAAAUAUUCUGAUUCCUGUAUUUACAAUGGAAAAAGCAUUUCAAUUUCAUUAUCUGGUUUCUCAUGAUCCUCUUUUGAAAAAAUUGUUAAUUAUUUUUCAGGUGCUGUUGUUUUUUACAACUAUCCAAUUCAUAUAUGGCAGAAAACACAGACAAGGUUGAAAAGGCAGUGUCUGCUCUUGAACCCCUCUUUAAAAUAAACUGCUGUAUUUUAAGCCAAAACAACUGUUGUGUUUGAUAGAACAAUAUGUCUAUAUGCUGCUAUAGCAGAAUCAUGGCGCAAUAAGACCCCAAACUAUUUUUAAUAUGUCCGUUUUACCCUGGAAACCCCCGUUUACAGAUGUCGUGCAACCGCUUUUCUUUCAACCCAGCCAGAAAAAGAAGGUAAGUAAUUAGAUUUAUUAUUCGAAAUGUCUGUCAUUUUUAGCUUAGAAUCAUUAAUUGAUGUAUAAUAUUUAGUGAAAAAAAAAAUUCAAAACUUUUAAACAAAUUACAUCACAGUGGAAAAAAAUGGUGUCUGUAAAUUAGUCACGGAUAUCUACCUUAUAACUAUUGCUUGUACUUUUUUUUUUGGUAACAGUCAACAUUUUCUACAAUAUGUUAGAUGGUAAAUGGUGUUAUACUUGUGUUGCGCUUUUCCACCUUUCAAGGCUCUCAGCGCUUGACACCACAUUGCCAUCCACCUACUGGUGACGCAGCACCAGGAGCAAUGUGGGGUUUAGCAUCUUGCUCAAGGAUACUUAGGCGAGUUCAUCAGGGGAGAGAAUCGAACCCGCAUCCUCUGGGUUGGGUUGCCACCUUUCAGAAAUAAGAAAUACGGGACGCCCCCCUCGCGCCCAAAGCUGGACAGACAGAGAAAAAAAUCCUAAAAUGCAUAGAAAUGUAUCUUCAUUUACACUCACCGCCUACUUUAUUAGGUACACCAUGCUAGUAACGGGUUGGACCCUCUUUUGCCUUCAGAACUUCCUCAGUUCUUCAUGUCAUAGAUUCAACAAGGUGCUGGAAGCAUUCCUCAGAGAGUUUGGUCCAUAUUGACAUGAU